CUCCACUGAAAGGCGCCCCCCGAAAAAAAAAAAACAAUAGGGCCCUUUGACGGUCACUCCCCUAAGGAAAUGUUUUCACAGCCGGUAUCACCAACGCCGCCCGGCUUAGCGACGUCGACGGUUUCGCCCUCGCCUUCCAGAACCAGCCGUCUGCGCGGCCUGAGCAUCCUGCGCAACUACACCCACAACCACCUCCUGUCGCGUGACAACAGCCAUCACGCCGCCAACAACAGCAGCAGCGGCGGCAGCUCGCCCGCGACAAGCCAGUCUGGCAACGGCCUGACCCGGUCUGUGAGCUACUCGCCAGGCGCCACGACGACGACAACUACAACCACCACCACCACCACAAACGCCGGCCCCAACCGUUUAACUUUGGUGGCUACAUCUCCCGAAGCGGCCAGGGCAUCGCAGACAAGAGCCGCCAACUCCUCGUCGGCCCCCUCUUCCCCUACUGCCGCUCAGGGGGACUCUUCUUCUUCAUCCUCCGCUUCAUCUCCCGCAGAGACUCCCGCCGACGAGCACGCAGCAAUGGCGAGAGGCAACGAAACCGGUUCUGGCUCUGCUGACAUCCAGCCGUCCAUUCGCUUCUCCGCGUACUACGACCCUCGUUCCGCCAGACCCUCGCUGUCAUUCCCGCCCAUCUCCAGAACGCUCUCCAACGGCACCGAAGUCAUCCGCGUUGGGCGAUACUCGGAGCGUGAUAACCAUGCUCUAGCCAGUGUGGCCGGCAACCAAGCUUCUGCGGCGCCAGUAGGCUUCAAGAGCAAGGUCGUCAGUCGACGACACUGCGAGUUCUGGUACGAGAAUGGGAAAUGGUUCAUCAAGGACGUCAAGAGCUCGUCUGGCACCUUUCUUAACCACAUCAGACUCAGCCCGCCUUCGCAGGAGAGCAAGGCAUUUCCUGUCAAUGACGGAGACAUCGUCCAGCUAGGCAUUGACUUCAAGGGCGGCGAGGAGAUGAUUUUCCGCUGUGUCAAGAUGAGACUGGAGCUGAACCGCGGGUGGCAGACCAAGCCGAAUACGUUCAACAUGGCUGCCCACAAGCGACUACGCACCAUGGCAUCAAAUGGAGGAGCUUCAGCGUCAGGCUCCAGCUCUCAGGACUGCUCCAUUUGCCUCAAUUCGAUUGCGCCCUGCCAAUCUCUAUUCGUCGCUCCCUGCUCUCAUACGUGGCACUUCAAGUGCGUGCGUGCCUUACUCACAUCACCUCAAUAUCCCAUCUUCAUCUGCCCCAAUUGCCGCGCAGGUGCCGACCUGGAAGCCGAUGUCGAGGAACCCACAGAAGAGUGGCAGAACAUGGAUGACUUUGAGGAGCCCGAGCAGCCCGAGCAGCCGGUGCUCGCUACGAUUGUCCAUGCAACUGUUCCCGAUAUUGAAGAAGAAGCCGCAUCCCCUUUCGCCUCACCGAUAGACGAUCCAGUAGAGGCGACGGUGCAGGAAACAGAUGCCAUGGACGUGACCGUCAACAUCACUUCGGCCGCCAGUCCCACAAGCAGCCCGACGGCACUACAUGCCACCUCCGAGCCGUUGCCUAUUAGGGGUGCUGGACGGGCUAGUCAUUUGCGAGAUAGCGGAACUCCGUCGCCACCAAGCGGCGGGGCAGAGGGAAUCAUCACACCGAGAAACAAUGCUGGGCCAUGGGUCUUUGACGGCAGAGCAGGCCGACAACCGGCCAACGGCACGGCUGAGAUGACGAGCCUCGAUUCGGCGGCAGAGGCUGACACCACCACACAUGAGUCUAGCGACGAUGCUGCCAGCCGAUAGCAGAGGCCCCAGCUUCGAGUUUAAACUAAACCAAAAAAGAAAGAAAAAAAAAAGGGCAAGAAACAAUACAUAAUAAAAGUACCGUGUCGAGCAUCAGUCUACUCUUUUUUUUUUUCGCUGUAUAUGGGGCAAAGAGGCGCUUCAAACUUUGGGGGCUAAUAACUGGGUUUUCGACUUUGUGUCUCAUGUUAAUUCUCUGCUACUACUACUGGCAUUGGCAUUUGGGAGGGGGCAAGCUCAACGCCCAUAUUGCGUCAUAACCGGGAACUUGGACAUUGUGUGUAUUGGUCUGGCUCUCUUUGUUUCCGGUGGUCUUAAUUCUUCCAAUCUUUUCUUUUUCCUUCUUUUCCCUUUUACGUGCGUUCUUUAUAGUAUGGAGUGUGGCGCGAAUUCUCCAUAAACCAUGGCGGCAUAUAUGCUUUGCAGGUUGUUCUCUUUUUUCUUUUUUUUUCUUUUUUUUACUUUUUCUCUGGCGUAUGGCGUCAGGAAUCAAGCAUUUGAUGGCUUUGCUUCUUCACUUUUCGAUCCGCGAAAACAAAUAUCUUUCGGGAGUAUGAAGAACGAAGCGAAACGGGAAAGGGAAAGGGUAUAUAAGGAAAGGAAAGGGUGAGAAGGGAGGAAUGGAGAGGAAAGCGUCCUCUUGUUUUUAUUUUGUUAAAGCAUUGAGCAAACUUAGCGCGGGUUUAUGGCUAGAAGCUACAAUUGUGAUUUCCCUUUAUAUUCUCUUCUCUCAGAGAUGUCUUUAAAUACUUAUUUUGUGUUUCUCUGGGCGUUUUUGGGUGUUUCUGAAUGACUGCGGCUGGUCUAGAUCGCUGUGCCUUUUGUUGCCCUUCGCGGUAUUUACUGAUAGGGAGCACAUACCUUGACUUUGAUUCAUCGCGGCAUAUCACAGCUGGGAUUAUCCUUUACGCUGCUUGAAGGGGGCGUUGUAAGCUAAACAAGCUUAGGAUUAUACAAACGAUGGCAACAAGUGGCAUUUGAGCGGCUUCGUUCUUGCGGUGAAGGAAAAAAAAUGGAAUUCAUGGCAUUGUCUCGGCCUUUUUUUUUUGGUCACUGCUCUUGUGAUGAGAACCAAAACCGGAGCUGUGAGAUGAUGUCAGUCUGGAAGGCUAUUGGCGGCUGGAACUUUGAUUGGAGGGGGGCGUGUGAGAAAGAGGGCUUUGCAGGUACCUUGCACGUACCGGAACUUUUAGAAAGAAUUUCAAAUGCAAGGGAGCGUUCUUUUUUUUGUUAUUGGAUGGUUACUUGGCGGGCUUUUUUGAGCAGGUUUGUCGGAAAUGAAGGGUCUGGGGCGUUGAGGUUAAGAGUGGCGGUCGGUGUUGACUAGCAUUUGAUUCACUUGAUGAUGGGAUUGAAUAAGGCUUGACAAAUUGUAUAGCGUGAUUCAUGAGUAAUGUUGCAUUUUGCUUUAUGAAACCGAUAAGCAAAUGCAUUGGAAAUGCAAAUACUCUACAAUGCUCUGCUGAGAGCAUUCAAAUGCCCAGCAUUCAUUCGCCGCCGUCCGUCCCGGUCGGAGCUCCGGCGCCGCGAUGAUCCGACCUAUCGCCGAGAGAAAAAGUGACGGCACCACAAUUUUCCUGGUGUGCCCGCCGUCAACCACCAAUUCCGGCGAACUUGCAACUUUGCUUCGGCUUUACGUCGCCUUUUCUUUCUUCUUUCAGCGACACCCCUCACUCUCUAUCGUUUUCUUUCACAAUAGGCGCGUAGGGGAAUAUACACAAUGCUGCGACAAUUUGCGGCUCGGUUGCAGCCGCGGGCGGCAAAGGCCCAUGGAACUUCGAGGUUGCUGAGUGGGCAUAGCUUUGGUGGUCUCAAGACUAAGGUGCCGAGACGGUCUUUGGCGACGGUGGCUGUGGAGGGGAUACCAAAGGAACCUACAGAAUUGGACGAAAUCACAACGCUACCGAAUGGACUGCGGGUUGCUUCAGAAGCUCUGCCGGGCUCGUUUUCCGGAGUCGGAGUAUACGUUGAAGCUGGGUCCCGAUUCGAAAAUGACUCCCUGCGAGGCGUAUCCCACAUCAUGGAUCGAUUGGCCUUCAAAUCCACCUCGAAGCACUCUGCGGACGAAAUGCUCGGCCGCGUGGAAACCCUCGGCGGAAACAUCCAGUGCGCAUCUUCACGGGAGAGCAUGAUGUACCAGGCGGCCACGUUCAACAGCGCGGUGCCGGAGACUGUUGCGCUGCUGGCGGAGACGAUUCGCGACCCGAACAUCACGGAGGAGGAGGUGGCCGAGCAGAUUGAGACGGCGCGGUAUGAGAUUGCGGAGAUUUGGAGUAAGCCCGAGUUGAUUCUGCCGGAGCUGGUGCACACGGCUGCGUUUAAGGAUAAUACGCUGGGGAACCCGUUGCUGUGUCCGGAGGAGAGGCUGGAGAGCAUUGAUAGGGAUACGGUGAAGCUGUAUAGGGAUCUGUUUUACCGUCCGGAGAGAAUGGUGCUGGCGUUUGCGGGGGUGGAUCACGGCACUGCUGUGAAGUUGGCAGAAGAGCACUUUGGAGGUAUGAAUGCCUUGCCGAGGACAGGCUCAGAAACAAGCGUGAGCUCU